UGCGUGCGCAUCCCUUUUUCGUUCAGUCAUUCAAUUCAUCAUUGUCUCUGGUGACUUUUCAAUAAAUUUAUAUUUUUGAAGAGAUUUUCUGAAAAAUCGCCAAAAUUUUCAUAAAAAUGGCUUCGAAAACACUUUCUAACUCACUCGUUCGACAUUUAAUGAAAAGGGGUUAUGCUCAGGCAGCACCUGCAAGGAGUGAAACUAUUCAAACAAGUGUUUUGCCAAACAAGACCUUCAUAGCAGGAGUUGACACCAACUCUCCUGUGGCAAGAGUGACCGUUGCAUUCAGGGCUGGUUCGCGCUAUGAGCCACAAACAGAGCUGGGUGUCUCCCAUGUCCUGCGCUCUGCUGCCGGCCUCACCACUGGAUGUGCUAGCAGCUUCAUAAUCGCCCGCAAGCUAGCCCAAAUUGGUGCCUCUGUAAGCGCUUCAGGAGACAGGGAAUUUGUUUAUUACACCCUUGAGGCUACACAAGACAACCUCCAAGAUGCAGUUGAAAUCCUGGCCUCCUUGAUCUCGCGUCAGGAGUUCCGGCCUUGGGAGCUAAGUGACAAUGUGCCCCGCCUCAAGUAUGAGCUGGCAGCUCUGUAUCCUCAAGUGCGAGCUGUAGACCUCCUUCACAAAGCCGCAUACCGUCGUGGACUUGGAAACUCCUUGUUUAUUUCACCAAAGAGGAUCGGCAAGAUCUCCUCAGAGUCUCUCCAACACUUCGCUGGCGCUAAUCUAACGGCGGCUCGCUGCGCAGUCGUCGUUGUUGGUGAUAAUCAGGACAAAGCAGCCUUAGUUGCGAAUUGCCUGCAACUUACAGGGCUUGGAGAAGAAUCAAAGGCAGAGGGUAGCAAGUACUAUGGAGGUGAAUUAAGGAAAGAGAUGGGCGGUGACCUGGCCCAUGUAGCCAUUGCGUUGCAAGGAGCUCCAGCCAGCUCGCCUGCAUCCUUAGCUUUAGCUGUUGCUGCUAAAGCUUUAGGCAACGGUCCGGUUACUAAAUGGGGCGCUGACAACUCGGUGCUAGCGAAAGCGAUCGGCAACAUCGGACCAUUCGCCGCCGCCGGUUUCAACGUGUCGUAUUCCGACUCUGGCCUCUUCGGUGCAGUGCUUUCCGUGCCCAAGGAUGAAGCCAACUGUGCUGUGAAAGCCGUAGCCGGCGUGCUAAAGAAGGGUGGUUUGAGCGCUGACGCGAUCCGCGCCGGCAAGAACCAACUGAAGCUUCAGAUCCUCAGCGAGGCGGAGGCGGGCACUUCCCUCGCAGAGUCGGUCGCCGCACAGGGACUCACCACGGGCAACGUGCUGCCACCGGCUACGCUUGCGGCGGCGGUAGAACAGAUCAAUGAGAGCACAGUCAACCAGGCGUUGGCCUCAGCUGCACAAAGCAAGAUUUCCAUGGGCGCCGCUGGCAACCUUGCAUUUGUCCCUUAUGUGGACGAAGUUUAAAUAUGAAUGAAGUAGACACUUUUUAGAAUAUGAAACCUACAAAAAAAAUCGUGCUGUAAUAGUUAUUGUGUUAUGAAAAUUAUUAUUUAUUGUUGAAUCAAAAUAAAUGGUCAUUUUUGUUUUGA